GGCUCGGCUCGGCUCGGCUCGGCUCAUUGCCCCCCUCUGGCCAUGUUCAUGGCCGCGCGCCUCUUCAGAAUGGUCGACUCCCACACAGAUGACAACCUACAUGACAUGACAUGCAUCAAUCAGCGCACAGCACACACAAAACACAACAGCAGACCAGACGCUCUGGUUCGUCUGUUUGUAUCCUCCCGUCCCUCCCUCUCUCCCUCCCGCCCUCUCGCGUGUCAUACGUACGUGAUGUCCCUCCUCAGCGAUGGCCGCAGCUCGGACAUGCCGGGCAGGUAGGGCGUGUCGGGCUCGCUAACAUCGCACCCGCCACUGCCGCCACCAUACCCUCCCAGCACCAGCUCACCCCCGCCGCCGCCCAUGCCCCCGUCGCACCCGUCCACCACACCAACGCGCGGCCCCUCGACGGCCGGUAGGUCGCCCGAGCAGACCGAGUUGGAGUUGACACGGUCGAGUGAGCAGGGCGUCUCCGGGAGGGAGGUGGAGAGCGUGGAGCGGUCGGCGGGCUGGCUCAGCAUCGGCUGCGACGCGCCUGCGUCCUGCGUGCUGUUGAACUGAGAACCCGCACGAGUAGCCUCACCCUCCAACCCGCUGCAGAGGGUGCACCAACGCAACAAACAGCGCAAACAAACACUCGCGAUAAACAAACCACCGCGGUGCUUUCACUCAUCUCAUUCUGUGCACGCGUCGCUGGCGGCUGACCAGGGAGAGAAGGGUAGGCUGUUCCGCUUGCACACGCAUGCCUUGCCUAGGCCGCCGAAGGGGACCAGACUCUCCGCCUCAUCUCCAGCACCAAGCGCACUCUGCGACGGCAACAUGAUGGGUGGGUGUUGCCCUCCUUGCGAAGGUACCGAGUAAUCAAGCCGACAAUUCCCUAGCGUUCCUUCGUCACGACUGUGGUGUGGUGGUCCGUCUGCCGCCCCCACACACGAGCGAUGGUUUGGAUUACUUCACAUUAGAAGCCGACGCCGCCGAGAGAGGGCAGGCGUCAGUGGGCGCCCGCCGCAGUCACAAUGGCGCCUGCUGCACGCAAAAAUAGCAGCGAAGCAGCGUCGUGAAGAUCGGGAGAGGUCGGCU